UUCAAGUUAUGUAUUUAUCAAUAAUAUGAAUACACCAUAAAUUGUAUGCCCAGCAACGGACCUAUCGCACCAGAAGUUCUCAGAUAUUAUGGAGGACAGCCAUGCAUUGAAAUUGAGAAUAGACUUUGAAAGUGCCAACCGUCUAACAGAAGCGGAAAAUGUGACUGACAUCAUUCAAUUUGCUCUGCAGCAAUUACAUGGCAGUGUAGGGGCAUCCAUUACUGUCCAGGUCACCGAGAUGGAUGUUAGUAUAGAAAAUGUUACCAUAGAGGUACAUAAAAGUGAUGUGCGGAAGGUUUGGAGUGCGUUGACUAUGCUGAGCUCUUACCAGGGUCAGCGAUGCCGAGUGCUUGUUAGGGAGUCCACUAGCCUGCAGCCCAUGUGAACAAAACAAGCUAUUCGGUGUACACAGCUCGAUAGGUUGACAGAGUGUGAGCUUCGCCAACUACCACUUCAGAUUUAUACAAGGCGUUCUGGAAUAGGGCUCUCUCUUCAUACCGAUACGAUGAUUACUGUGCCUGUGAAAUAUGUUUAUUUAUUUCACAGAACUAAAUAUCCGCUGAGUUAGAAUUGCGAGCUGUCUUGGAACUACACAAGGGAUACAUAAUUAUAGUCGCAUGCUUAUACAAAAAGCAAAUGGCGCGAAGGCGGACUACAAAGUAGGGAUUAUUAUUAUGCCAAUAUUGAGCAAUUUCGUCAUUCAAUACAUUCCUAUAUAAGUAGUGGUGUACUAGACUACAAAUUCGUCAACCGGCGCCAAUCUGUGCUGCUGAAGCUUGUAAGCGUGCUAGUAUAGCUUUCAAAACAGGUAACACACUCCCAUUAAGCUGGAGAAGGAAUCAAUUACUGGCACUCAGAAGCAUGAUGAAUUAAAAUAAGAACAAUACUGACAUACAUGUGGGUUUAGACCCGAAGGCAGUUGUGGUUAAUUACAUAUCAAGUUCUGGUUUAUUAGGCCCGUUUGGUCACACCUCUAUAUGUGUGUCAAGUCACACGUAAAAAAAAAUGCAUUGAUUUUCACACAAAUUACUGUAUAUCUUGAAUAAAUAUCUCUCACAGU